AUGUCCCUUUCUGUUCGAGGCGACCACUGUGCCGCCGUUACCACGGAUGGGUAUUUGUACACCUGGGGCCAGAACAAUCUCUACCAAUGCGGACUCGGGCACUGCGAGACCGUAGAAUCUCCGGAGCUCGUCACGACGCUCCAAGACUUCCAGAUCGUCCAAGCGGUCUGCGGCGACAGCCACACCGCCGCGCUCAGCCAGGAAGGCUACGUCUUCGUCUGCGGCUACGGCGGGUCUUUCUUGAACUGCGGAGCGCUCGGCACGGGCGACCGCGCCUCGCAAGCGACCCCCGUAGUGAUCGACUACUUCUACAACAACGGGAUCCGCAUCCAAAAGCUCGCCUCGGGGUCGAACUUCAUGCUGGCGCUGGACGACGCGGGCGAGCUCUACUCCUGGGGCAACGGGAGGUUCGGCUCGCUGGGUAACGAAGACCAAACCGACCGACUGGAGCCGAUCAAAUCGAGCUUCAAGUCCCAGUUCGGCAAGAUCAUCGAUAUCAGCUGCGGCCUCGACGCCUCGAUGAUCAUCACCGAGGAUCGCAAACUCUACACUUGGGGACGCAAUCAGAGCGCCCAGCUCGGACUUUCCGCCUCUUCCUACGUCGGCCUGCCGCGGAAACUCCUCAUCCCCACGCUCGUCGAGCUCCCCGCGGGGGAACUCCCCGUCCGAGGGUCCAUGGGAAUGGGGUGUGCCGCGGUUAUUUGCGAAUCGGGGAAUGUGUUUUGGUGGGGCAUGAAGUGGGUUUUCCCGCGGGAUUCGAUUAUCCACGAAGAACCGUACCAGGAAGUCCUGUUCACCGCGGGGAACGACAAGAAGCGGCAUCUAGAGAAGGCGUGUGAUGUGGAUUGCGGUCGUGGGAUGAUCGACCUGAUUACGGAGUCUGGACGUCUGCUCACGUGGGGUGACCGCGGGAAUCACCCGUUCGGCGUGAAACGGUCGCUGUUCCCGUUCUCGCGGACGCAGGACGCGGAGAGCGUGGAGGAAACGGAGGGACUGAGCUCGACGGACCUGCUGCAGGCGACGGAGGUGGAGACGACGAACCAGGCGGGCCGCGUGUACAAGAUGAGUGUGGGAACGACGAUGGCGGUGGCGGCUGUGGAGAUUGCGGAGGAAGGGAAGUGA